AUGACCGAGACUGCUUCCCUAACGGCAUCUGUGUACGACUUUCUUGAGCAAUACGGGCACCGCUAUCACCGCGACGGCAAAGACCUGCUGCCAAUCGAUGAAAGCGAGCAAGAUCGCCUGGACCUGCAACACCACAUCUUCAAGAUGAUCCUGGACGGGGAGCUUACCGCCACUAAGAUCCCUCAAGACGUGCAAGCAGUGCUGGACGUGGGCACCGGCACGGGCAUCUGGGCCAUCGAGAUGGGCGAGGAGCAUCCAGGCGCCACGAUCAAGGGACUAGACCAGGCACCAAUUCAGCCCUCGUUUGUGCCGCCAAACGUUCAGUUUGAGGUGGACGAUGUCACGAAGCCAUGGGAGCGCCGACCAAAUUCGCUCGACUUCGUUCAUGUCCGUAGCAUGGCUGGCCUGAUCAAAGACUGGUCAGCGUUCCUAGCAGACGCCUAUCUCCACCUCGCACCUGGCGGCUUGAUCGAAGUGUCUGAUUUCACAACUCGAUUCCAAUGCAACGAUGGCACGUUCAAGCAAGACUCUUAUUGCAAGCAGUGGGAAGUGGCGUUCCAUGAUCUUGCCGUUUCGAUAUUCGGGAUGGACUUUGAAACCGCACCGAAGAUGGCGGGGUGGCUGGAGGACGCGGGCUUUGUCGAUGUGCAACAGGUCACGAAGAUAGUGCCGGUGGGCCCGUGGCCGAAAGAUCGUAACCUCAAAACAAUUGGGCUGUAUCAUCGAACUCACAUGUUGGACAUGGGCUUCGAGAACUAUUCUAUGUUUUUGUUCACGAGUGGCGGCUGGGACCCAGUAGAGAUCCAUUCGCUGCUUGCUCACGUUCGGCGGGAGCUCAAGGAUCCUAAAAUUCAUACAUACACUACCGCGUAA